AUGUGGGGGCAUGAUGUUGGGAAGAAAGCAGCUCAGGGCAUGUUUAAAUAUAAUAAGUUGCAAAAACAAUAUAAAAUAAAGGAUAUUAAGUCCAGGUACUGUUUGGGAGAAGCCAUGGAGAAUGGAGGAUCUUAUGUCCAGCUGUUGGUCAGAAUCACCUCUGAUGUCAAAGCUGAUGAUUCAGACUCCAGCAUCAUCCUGCAGCACCCUGAGAAGAAGGGGGGGGGGUUUCCAAGUACCUUGCCUAAUACCUUUUCAUUUGUUCUAUCAUCAGGUUUUUUCAGGAAGAUCUUCAUUUUGCAACUGGUAGAGUUAGUGCUGACCUACGACUUCACUGGAUGUGACUUUAGAAACUUCACACAGGAAUAUGAUGAAGUUAUCUAUAAAGAGCUGCAAAGACUUUGGCUUGAGACCAAUAAAACCAGGGCCAGCAAAUACCACUUCUGUAAAAACCGGUCAGAAUGUCUCACUGAAAUCGUGCAACGUACCUUCAGUCCCGAAACUGAUUGUCUGUCAUUCCACUAUGAAACCUUGGCAGUUGUAACUAAAGCUUCGCUGACUCAGCGGUGCCCAGGGUACUCCGAAAGUCAGAUAAAUAAUACCCAGGUAGUAAAGAAGAGAAAGAAAAGAGAAGUUUAUAAUGCAGGGAAAAGUCCCUGGGUGUCACAGACAAUUAAGCGCUCAACUACUAACCCAAAGAUGUUGAGAAACUUCUGUAGCAUGGAUGAUUGGGCCACUGGCUUCAUUACAGUAAUUCUCAACUGGAACUGCAGAAGCCUUAUUCAAGGGAAAAAAUCUAAAAGUGUAAUAGAAGAAAAAUUUUUCUUGUGA